CGCUUAGGCGCUGCGUGAGAAUUCCCGUACAAAGAAACUGGUUCUUACUCAUGCGAGAGAACCCCGCGUGACAUCCAGGGCAUAGAGGGGUGGAGGGACCAGUGGGGAUGUGAGGAACUUGGAGGGGAGAUGCUUUCUAGGAGACAGAUGACAGCUUAAGGUGAGAAGGCUGUGAGUGACCUUUUUGAAAACCUUCAAGUAAAUAUAUGUCACUGCAUACACGUUGAUACAAUAUGGAUAAAAAGAAAGGAACGAUCCUCCAGAAAGCUCACAGUCCUGGAGGCUUAACAGUUCUUGGUAACGACGAGGAUCACAUUUUUUUUUUCUCUCUGUCUCCAAAUCAAUGCCAAGGAAAGAGAAGCCUCUGGACUGGAAGCCGGUCUCUCACAGCUCGAGGGAAAACUCCGUUCUCACCCAGUGUGAUUUUGAGGAUGACUCCAAACCCCUCUGUGAUUGGAGCCAAGUGUCUAAAGAUGACGGGGCCUGGACUCGGGCCAGUGAGCCCUCCCCCACCAGCAGCACCGCGCCCCCCGGCGGGUACCCCAAUGGAAAGGGCUACUACCUGCACAUGGACUCCAACACCUUCCGCCCGGGCGGGGUGGCGCGCCUGCGCAGCCCCCCCGUAUGGGAGCAAGGCCUCCUCUGCGUGCGCUUCGCCUACUACAUGUUCGGGCCGUCGUGGGGCGCCCAGCUCAAGCUGCUGUUGACCACGGACCCCAAGGGCAAGCGCCCCAACGUGCUCUGGAAACACAGGAACACCCAGAGCCCCUCCUGGAUACCCACCGCCGUCACGGUGCCCAUUGGGCGCAUCCUGCCCAGUCGGCUGACAUUUGAAGGAGUCAGGGGCAGCACGGCUUAUCUGGACAUCGCUCUGGAUGCCAUCUCUAUCCGUCGGGGCUCCUGCAGUCGGGUCUGCAAGACGCAAACGUGCAGUUUUGACACUCCAAAUGAUCUCUGUGGCUGGAGCUGGAUCCCGACGGCCUCUGGGGCCAAGUGGGUCCAGAAGAAGGGGUCAACAGGGGUGCCGAACGUGGGGCCUGAGGAUGACUUCUCUAGCCCUGGUAGCGGCUUCUACAUGCUCCUGGACCCCAAGAAUGCAAAACCGAGGCAGAGCUCUGCCCUCCUGAGCCCUGUGCUCCAGUCCUUCGGCUGCCUGAGCCUGUCCUUUCACUACACCCUACGCGGCCAGUCUCCUGGCGCAGCCCUCACGGUCUAUGCUUCCGACUUGGGCAGCCGCCGGAAACACACACUCUUUUCAGGACAACCCGGACCCAACUGGCAGCCCGUUUCUGUCAAUUACACAGGCCAGGGACAGAUUCAGUUCACCGUGGUGGGCGUGUUUGGAGAGAUCCCAGAGCCAGUGGUGGCGGUGGAUGCAAUCAGCAUUGCUCCCUGCGGGGAGAGCUUUCCUCAGUGUGACUUUGAAGAUGAGGCCCAUCCCUUCUGUGACUGGGUCCAGGCAUUGCAGGAUGGCGGACACUGGACCCAGGGAAGUAAAAACACGCUCAUCCAGGGUACAGGCCCCUCGGGAGCCUCCCUUAAUGGAGAGGGUCACUUUGUCUACCUUGAGGCCGACAAGUUCUCCCAGGCAGGCCAGUCUUUCAGACUGACGAGCCGGACCUUCUGUGCCCCGGGUGCGAUCUGUGUGGAGUUUACCUACCACAUGUAUGGCCUCGGAAAUGGGACGAAGCUCAGGCUUCUGCUGGGGAGCCCUGCGGACAGCUCCCCAACUCCUCUCUGGGAAAGAGUUGGGUCUCAAAGCGCUGACUGGCUGAACGUCUCCAUCACCGUCCCUUCGGGACAUCAACAGCCCAUGCAGCUGAUGUUUGAGGCCGAGAGGGGCACCAGCACCGCCUUCAUUGUUGCUCUGGGUUUCAUCUUGAUCAGUCACGGGACCUGUCAAGGACCUGCCUCAGUAGCGCCUCCUUCCAAACCUGCCGUUACCUGCACUGGCCCUCCUGAAACCCCUGUCUGCACAGAGAAACUUGUGGCCCCUGAGGAAACACCCACCGUCCCCACUGAAAUAUUCACCAUCCCCACAGGGAAACCUGUGGCCCCCACCGAAAGGACCACCUUCCCCACUAAAAAGACCACCAUCCCCACAGAAAAACCCACAGUCCCCACUGAAAGGCCCACAGUUCCCACCGAAAGGACCACCAUCCCCACGGAAAAACCCACAGUCCCCACUGAAAGGCCCACAGUUCCCACGACACCCCAGCCCAGCCCAACUCUUGUACCCACCUGGCCAACAGUUUUCGUGAUGCCAAGUACCUCCAUGACCACCGUGACCCCGGCCACCACUGCAACCCCAAGACCUACUCCAGUGAGCUGCCCGCCGAAUGCCCACUACGAGCGCUGCGCCUGCCCAGCAUCCUGCCAGAGCCCCGCGCCCAGCUGUGGGCUCCUUUGCAAGUCCGGCUGUGUCUGCGAUCCUGGCUUUCUGUUCAGCGACUCCCGCUGCAUCAAUGCCUCUUCCUGCAAUUGCUCCUACAAUGACAAUUACUAUAAGCCAGGGACGGGGUGGUUCAGCCCCAACUGCACAGAACAUUGCCGCUGCCAGCCUGGCGGUCGGACGGAGUGCCAGCCCUAUAAGUGCGGGACACAUACAGUGUGCCAGCUGAAGAAUGGCCAGUACGGAUGCCACCCCUAUGGCACCGCCACCUGCUUCAUCUACGGAGACCCUCAUUACCUCACCUUCGACGGGAGGCACUUUAGCUUCAUGGGCAAGUGCACCUACAUCCUGGCCCAACCCUGUGGCAACUCGACGGAGCCAUUCUUCAGGCUGACGGUGAAGCAUGAGGAGCGAGGACAGGAGGGCGUGUCCUGCCUGAGCAAGGUCUACGUGACUCUGCCCGAAACCACCAUCACCCUGCUCAAGGGCAGACACACGCUGGUUGGGGGUCAGCGAGUCACCCUCCCAGCCAUACCUUCUAAAGGCAUCUUCCUGACUCCAAGUGGGCGAUCUGUGCAGCUGCAGACGGCAUUCGGUCUGCGGGUGAGAUGGGAUGGUGACCAGCAGCUGUCUGUGAGCGUGCCCAGCACCUACUCUGGCAAACUCUGCGGUUUCUGUGGCAACUAUGAUGGAGACAGUAGCAACGACAACCAGAAGCCGGAUGGUAGACCAGCGCGAGAUGAGACGGAGCUGGGUAUCAGCUGGCGGGCCUCGGAGGAUGAAGACCACGAGUGCCAGGAGAACCGGGCAUCUCCCCCAUCUUGCGACACUGCCUUGCAGAACACUGUGUCAGGGCCAGAGUUCUGUGGACGGCUCACGGUCGCUCACGGACCUUUUGAGGCCUGCCUGCCUCACCUCAGAGCCUCUUCCUUCUUCGACAACUGCGUGUUUGACAUGUGUAAUUUCCAGGGGCUGCAGCAGAUGCUGUGUGCCCACAUGUCGGCCUUGACCGAGACCUGCCAGGAUGCCGGCUACGUGGUGAAGCCCUGGAGAGGACCCCAGUUCUGCCCGCUGGCCUGUCCACCCAACAGCCGAUACACCCUGUGUGCCAAGCUGUGCCCCGACACCUGCCAUUCCGAGCUCUCGGGCAUGGCCUGCCAGAACCGCUGCGUGGAGGGCUGCGAGUGCGACCCGGGCUUCGUCCUCAGCGGUCUCCAGUGCGUCCCCAGGUCCGAAUGUGGCUGCCUUGACCCCACGGCCGGCUACUUCAAGGUAGAGGAGCGGUGGCUCAAGCCAGGCUGCAGACAGCUCUGCAUCUGCGAGGGCAGCAACAGAACUCGCUGUGAGCAGUGGAGGUGCCAGGCCCAGGAGGUGUGUGGUCGGCAGGAUGGCAUCUAUGGCUGCCACGCUCAAGGGUCCGCUACCUGCACUGUCUCGGGGGACCCCCAUUACCUGACAUUCGACGGAGCCCUGCACCACUUCAUGGGCACCUGCACCUACACCCUGACCCAGCCUUGUUGGUUGAGGUCCCCAGAAAAUUACUUCGUCGUGAGUGCCACCAACGAGUUCCGCGGCGGAAACUUGGAGGCCUCCUAUGUCAAAACCGUCCAAGUGCAGGUCUUCAACCUCAGAAUCUCCAUGAUCAAAGGCCGCAAGGUCAUGCUGGAUGGUCGCCGGGUGGCCCUGCCCGUGUGGCCUGCACAAGGCCGGGUGAACGUGAGGUCCAGUGGCUCCUUUAUCCUCCUCUACACGGACUUCGGGCUUCAAGUUCGCUAUGAUGGGAACCACCUGGUGGAAGUGACCGUGCCCUCCUCCUACGCUGGCCAGCUCUGCGGGAUGUGCGGGAACUUCAACAACAACAGCCUAGAUGACAAUCUGCAGCCUGAUAAAAGGCCUGCGGUCAGCUCCGUGAAGCUGGGGGCCUCCUGGAAGCUAAAUGAGUUGUCUGAACCUGGCUGCUUUGCUGCGGGUGGCGGGCCCCCCAGGUGCCUGGGGAAGAAAGUGACGGAGGCCUGGAAUAAGAACUGUGAUAUCUUAAUGAACCCUCAGGGACCCUUCUCCCAGUGCCACGGGGUGGUGGCCCCGCACUCCAGCUUCACCAGUUGCGUGUACAGCCAGUGUGGGACCAAGGGCGACACCUCGACCCUGUGCCGCUCCCUGCAGGCCUACGCGUCCCUGUGCGCCCGCGCAGGCCAGGCCCUCGCCUGGCGGAACACCACCUUCUGCCCUCUGAACUGCCCACUGGGCAGCAGCUACAGCACCUGUGCCAACCCCUGCCCGGCCACCUGCCUCAGCCUGAGCGCUCCAUCAUACUGCCCGUCCUCGCUGCCCUGUGCCGAGGGCUGCGAGUGCCAGAAAGGCCACAUCCUGAGUGGGACCUCCUGUGUGCCCCUCAGCCAGUGUGGCUGUACCAGCCAGAGGGGCUCCUACCACCCGGUCGGGGAGAGCUGGUACACGGACAACACCUGCUCCAGGCUCUGCACCUGCUCCGCUCACAACAACAUCUCCUGCCUCCAGACCGCCUGCGAGCCUGGCCAGAUGUGCGGGUCCCGGGAUGGGCUGAUACGGUGCCGGGCGGCAGGGAUGGGAGAGUGCCACCUCCGCAACGGGUCCCACUACGCAAGCUUCGAUGGCAGUUACCAUGCGGUCAGGGGCACCUGCACUUACGUCUUGGUGAAAAUAUGCCACUCCACCGUGGACCUGCCUUUCUUCAAGAUCAGUGGCAAGAAUGGGAAGCGGAAAGACCAGCCCCACACUUUCUACCUCCGCCAGGUCCACGUGGACAUCUUCAAUACCCUGGUCACCCUGAAGAAGGACCAAGUGCUGAUCAAUGGCACACGGGUCACCCUCCCGGCGACCACCCAGAUCCGGGGAGUCAAAGUCAUUUCCAGGGACGGCUACACCGUGCUCACCAUCAACAUUGGGGUGCAAGUCAAGUUUGACGGCAAUGGUUUCCUAGAGGUCGAAAUCCCCAAAGCCUAUUAUGAAAAGACCUGCGGCAUGUGCGGGAACUUCAACGGCGAGGAAGAAGACGAACUAUUGAUGCCUAAUGAUGAACUAGCCCUGGAUGACGUCAUGUAUGUGGACAGUUGGCAAGACGAGGAGAUCGACCCAAAUUGCCAAGAAGAUGACAAGAAGACUGAAGCAGAACCUCAGGAGAAGCCAAACACGAACUGCCGGGCAGCUGACCUGGCAAGAGCCCGGGAGCAAUGCCAGGCGGCUUUCCAGGCUCCAGCCUGGGCGAAGUGUGCCACCCGCGUGAUUCCCAGUCCCUUCCUGCUCAGAUGUACCCACAGCCUCUGUGAGUCUGGAGGCCUCAACCAUGCUCUCUGCCAGUCCCUACAAGCCUUCGGGGCCGCCUGCCAGGCCCAGGGGAUCAAGCCUCCGAUCUGGAGAAACAGCAGCUUCUGCCCUCUGGACUGCUCCGCCCACAGCGUCUACACCACCUGCGUUCCCUCCUGCCCUCCUUCCUGCUGGGACCCGGAAGGCCAGUGCAAAGGCUCCAGAGUGCCCUCCACCUGCGAGGAGGGCUGUGACUGUGAGCCCGGCUACGUGCUCAGUGGACAGCAGUGUGUGCCCAGGAGCCAGUGCAGCUGCAGGGACGCCCAGGGCAACUCCCUCCCUGCGGGUAAGUCCUGGUUCUCCGGAGGCUGCUCCAAGAGGUGUGCCUGCAGAGCGGGCGUCAUUCAGUGCGGGCCCUUCGCCUGCCCCUCGGGCUCCCAGUGCCAGCCCAACAAGGACGGCAAAGACUACUGCGCACCCGAGAAGUCGGAGCAAUGCACAAUUUAUGGGGACCCCACUUACCGCACAUUUGAUGGCCUCAGCUACCGCUUCCAGGGCCGCAUGACCUACUUUCUGAUCAAGACCUUGGACGUGCUCCCUGAUGGGGUGGAGCCCUUGGUCGUGGAGGGCCGCAACAAGGGGUAUCCGUCCUUCAACCCCAUCUUCCUGCACGAAAUCAUUGUGACGGUCUACGGCUACACAGUCCAGCUCCAGACGGAACUGGGACUUGUAGUCAACGGUCAGAAGGUGACCAUCCCCUACGAGCCCAACGACCAGCUGCGGGUCACCAUGCGAGGCCAUCGCCUGUAUCUGAUCACAGACUUUGAGCUGGUCAUCAGCUUCAAUGGAAAGAACAACGCAGUGAUCUCCCUGCCCAUCACGUACCGAAGGCUUGUGCGCGGCCUGUGCGGCAACUACGACCAGAACAAGAGGAAUGAUUUUAUGCUGCCCGACGGUGCCCUCACCCAGAAUCUCCUUGUCUUUGGCAACAGUUGGGAGGUGAAGAAGACCAAGGGAGGCCUCCCCCGCUUCUCAAGGGAGGUACAAGAGGAGGAAGUGAAAGAAGAGGAGGCGUCAGGCUUUCAUGUGUCAGAAUGCAGCCCGGAGCAGCUGGAGCUCAUCGAGCACACACGGGCGUGUAGUGUGCUGGUGGACCCCCAGGGCCCCUUCGCUGCCUGCCACCAGCCUGUGGCCCCGGAACCCUUCCUGGAGCACUGUGUGUCUGAUCUGUGUGCCGCCCGGGACCCCAAAGAGCAGGACGAGCGGCGUUGCCAGGUCCUCAGCGGGUACGCCAUCAUCUGCCAGGAAGUGGGCGCCAACCCAGUCAGCUGGCGGAACCACACCCACUGCGCCUUGCCGUGUCCAGCCAAUACCGUCUAUCAGAGCUGCAUGACACCCUGCCCAGCCUCCUGUGCCACCCUGGCAGCUCCCAGGGACUGCAAGGGCCCCUGCGUGGAGGGCUGUGCCAGCCUCCCAGGCUACAUCUACAGCGGUGCCCAGAGCCUCCCCCUGGCCCACUGCGGCUGCACCAACAAUGGCAUCUACUACCAGCAGGGUGACGGCUUCGUGACCGAGGAUUGCUCCCAGCGCUGCACCUGUGCCAGCUCGGGGGUCCUGCUGUGUGAGCCCCUCAGCUGCAGCCCUGGGGAGAUCUGCACCCUGGGGAACCUCACUCGUGGCUGCUUCCGAGACAGCCCGUGCCUACAGAACCCCUGUCAGAAUGAUGGUCGCUGCCAGGAUCAGGGAACCCACUUCACCUGUGAGUGUGAGCUUGGUUACGGGGGACACCUCUGCACGGAGCCUCGGGAUGUGCCACCCCCCAAAAAGCCAGGCAAGAACUUCAUCCCAGCCUGUAUCCUCACAGCCUGUAUCCUUCAUCCCAGCCUGUAUCCUCACAGCCUGUAUCCUUCAUCCCAGCCUGUAUCCUUCAUCCCAGCCUGUAUCCUCACAGCCUGUAUCCUUCAUCCCAGCCUGUAUCCUCACAGCCUGUAUCCCAGCCUGUAUCCUCACAGCCCCUUCCCCACAAACAAUGGCCGCAGAAUUAUCCCAUAUAUAUAGUAUUAACCUAUAAUAUCUAUUAUAGAUGUAUAAUAGAUAGUAUAGUAUCAAUGUGGUAUAUUACUAUAUGAAAUGUAAUAAUAUUAUAAUAUGAUCCCUACAGAUUAGCCAGGUCAGUGUCCUUCAAGGAUCUCAGAGUCCCUUUGCCCAUCUCCUACCCACACACUCUGGAAUCUUCUGUCUGAUCCUGAGCUCCCCACUUCUGAGAUCUGUAUGCCUCACCCUGCUGUUAUUCCCCUCCCUUGUGUCCCUCUGAGCCUCCAGUACCUUUUAUUGGUAUUCUCCAUCCCAAACUGUAAUUCCUGUGAGCCUCUGGGCCAGCGGUUCUCCAACUUUAUCCUCGUGCCUAAGAUCGGGGUGGAGCAGGGCUGUCUUGUUUACCUUGUUCAUUCCGGGACUCAUCCCCAGAGAUUUGCAUUCAGUAGGUCUGGAGGGGGCCCCAGAGAUCUGCAUUUUUCACAAGCUCCCAGGUGACCGAUGGAAGUGAUGCCUGGGCUACUCUUUGAGAA